UUAAACAACUCCGUUGAUUGUAGUAUCAGGAGUUCCCGUUCUUCGACAAUGAAAUAUAUAUAUUUGAUUAUUUUUAUUCAGAUCCAUAGAACGUAGACGCAUAUAGCUUUAGAAUAGAACAGCGACAAACACGUACAAGACGUCUGACUUGUGUGCACUCAUUAAUUGCUGAUCAUCCAUUUGUUUCUCUUUCUAAACAUUCUUAUUUUUCUUCUUGUAUGGAUCAAUUUAUUAAUUUUCUUAAGAAAUUGUUGGCGUGCUGAUACAUUAUUGGGAAUCCUCUCAUUGCGUAGAAAAUAGUAAUUUGUUAAAGGUUUUAGCGGAUAAAGUCUUUCCAGUUCAAUUCAGAAAGAUAUUCCGUUGUAAAUAAACCAUUGAAACUGUUGGAAACCUCAAAAUCAGCCUGGGUUAGAUUGCCUUCCCAAGGAGAGUUUAUUCAGACCAUGGUUUCUUCGGCAGCACUUGAUCAGGAAUUUGAUAAUUCCUUCUUCUCUAGGAAGAGGUUGAAAGUUUCAGAUUUUGAACAUCAAGAACUUGAUUUGCAUAUGGCCACAACAUUCCAGUUGAAUACCAUGGAAUGCUCAUCUCAUGGGUGCUUUGCCAGUCAUGCUUCAUCAUCUAGCCGCAGUUUGGAUGAAAAGAUUUGUUCUAAUUCUGUGUUGGAGAUGAGUUGCCAGUUGAACGGCAAUAGUGGUGAUUUUCCACAGUCUAAUAAUGGUGGGGGAAUGGGUUCAUCUUCCCAGGACAAGAAUUACUCUGGACCUACUUUUGUGAGUGGAUGGAUGUAUAUCAAUGAAAAUGGACAGAUGUGUGGUCCUUAUAUUCAGCAACAGUUAUACGAGGGUUUAUCUACUGGUUUCCUGCCUGAGGAUCUUCCUGUUUAUCCCAUUGUAAUUGGGACAUUACUGAAUCCUGUACCUUUAAAGUACUUCAAGCAGUUCCCUGACCAUGUUGCCACUGGUUUUGCAUAUCUGAGCAUGGGUAUCUCAGGAACAUCCAUGCCUACAAAUUGUUUUGCCUCUUUCAAUGUGAAUUCAGCUGUACAUAGGCAAGAAGGCCUUGUUCUGCAUGCUGCUCAAGUUUCUCCUUGUCCAGAUGCACGGUUGGUAUCCCAUUCACAAGUGCAUUACAAUACUUGUUGCUCCAAUCAGCCUAUCACAAAUUCCAAUGCAGCUAACCAUGACACACCAUUCUCACUACUGUCAGGGGAAGAUUCUUGUUGGAUGUUUGAGGAUGAUGAGGGGAGGAAACAUGGACCACAUUCUCUACUGGAACUUUAUUCCUGGCAUCACUAUGGAUAUCUCUGGGACUCAUUAAUGAUUUAUCAUAAUGAAAAUAAGUUUAGACCCUUCCCCCUGCUAUCUGUUAUCAAUGCUUGGAGAAGGGAUAAACUGGAAUCUGUCUUUGUGUCUGAUGCCAAAACCGAGAGUGGCUCACUACUCAGCUUCAUUCCUGAAAUUUCUGAAGAAGUUUCUUGUCAACUGCAUUCUGGAAUAAUGAAAGCAGCUCGUAGAGUUGCAUUAGAUGAGAUAAUCAGCAAUGUUAUCUCAGAGUUCUCUAAUAUGAAGAAAGCUCAUAGAAAUUCUAAGCUCAACUACCAAGCUGUCAAAACUUUUUCUACAGAUGAAAGAACGUGUGAAGCUCCUGUUGAGAGAAGGAAUGUUGCUGCUCCUGAGUGUGAAGCUUCAACUUGCAACCUUAGAUCUGAUCAGGCACAUGUUGAUCAGAUGCCUGUGCAGUUCCACAGAAGCAAAAAAUCUGUUGGAAGCAUUGAUAAUAUCUUGGGGUCUUGCGCAGUUGUUUGUAGAAUUCUUUUUGAUUACUGCAUGGAAGUCAUGUGGAAUGCAGUCUUUUAUGAUGCUAUUACAGAGUAUUCUACUUCCUGGCGGAAAAGAAAACUAUGGUUGGCUGAUCAAAAGAUUAGAAUUCCUGCUAGUGUUAGAGAUUAUGUCAAGGAGACUGAAAAAUUACCAAGUGAACUUUUCCUACCCGAGCAGGAGUCCUCUGAUUGCAAAUUUGAUUGUCCUCCUGGUUUUGAUCUUGUGAUGGUUAAAAAUGAUAGUCAAUCUCAAUCACCUAGCAUUUCUUCAUUUGUGCCUGGGGGGGAGAAGUCAUCUAAACUGAAGAGCCUAUCAUGCAGUUGUGCAUAUAAUGGCAUCAAACGCAUCUUAGAAUGUGUAGAAAAUGAGCUACACAUGUCUACAAAGGUGUCUUUGGUUGAAUAUGUUGAAAUUCUUGUCAAAGAGGAAGUGAGGAAGGUAGUUGAGUUAUCAGAGGAUGGCAAAUUGAAUAAGAAGACUGUUGAAUCUUCCAUUCAAUGUUGUCAGACAACUGAAUAUAGUUCGUCACAAUUGCAUGAUGAACCAAGGAUUGAAUCCAAUAAAUUGUCUGUUGAGACAUACAGUGAUUCUAUACAGGCUGGAAAACCCUUUGGUUCCUGUUCAUCUGAGAAUCUUUUGUCAAAUUUUCUGGCAAGAGCUUUUGAAAAAUCAGGGGCAUAUGUUGAUGAUACAAUGGAUGACCAAAAUAUUGAUGAACCUCCACCACCGGGAUUUGAAGAUAAUGCUAGAAUUAUUGUCCCUCCACCUACAUGUAAAUUCCAACCAUCAAGAUCAGAUGAGUCCAUUCCUAAGAUCAGAGAGUAUGUUGCGAUGGCAAUGUGCAGGCAGAAGUUACAUGAUGAUGUACUAAGGGGGGGGAUAUUGGUGGUUAUUGAUGGUAUCCUUCAUCAAUUUCUUGGAAUUCAUCGUACUUCAAGAAGACACCUUGAACCUGACUCUUAUGUGGAAGGGACAUCUAAUGCAAAUUGGGAACAUGAUAGCACCACUCUUGCUUCACUAGAAAAAGCGUGGGAAGGAUCAAGGAAAUUUAAUAAUUCAGACUCUAUGGCGAACACAUACUACCGCAAGAAAAAGUUGGUGCGGAAGAAGUUGGGUUCAUCUUCUCUGUCUGUGACUCCUGUUGACACAGGGUUACAGCAUCAGCCUGUGGAGAAGUCAAGAAAGCAGCACAUUGUCAGAGAUGUUUCUGAGAGUGUAGUGGUCAAACCUGUUGUUGCAACUCUGAAGAAGAGGAAAGUAACCAAGGGCCAGACUGAAUUAUCUGUUAAUGCUAGGCCUCUAAAAACUGAAGUUAAAAGCAAUUCACCAAGUUAUCAAUCAUUGGCCAAAAAUGCUACUCAUCCAAAAGUAAUAAAGAUUAAGCGAACAGUUCCGAGACCUAAUAAUAAGGUCGCAGAACAUGUAAAGCAUAGUAGGAAGAGUGUUUCAAACUUGAGUGAGGAUUGUGCUAAUGUGAACAAGGUUAUCGAUAGCAGUGGCCAUGAUGUUGGAAUUGAGGAAGCACCAGCUCAUGAUUAUUCCAAAAAGAAUCUAAAUGCAGCUAAGGUAGCAAAGCUGAAAAGGAAGCAUUCAGUGGGUGGUGGGUCAUCGCAACAUCCUACAAAGAUUAUGAAAGUGGCCAAUACUGCUUCCAAGCAAGUAGCAACUAGACUGGUUACAGUGCGAAAGACAAAGUCCUCUAAAUCUAGAACAUCAAAUCCCUGCCCUAGGUCUGAUGGAUGUGCACGUUCUUCAAUUAAUGGGUGGGAAUGGCACACCUGGUCGCGUAAUGCAAGUCCUGCUGAAAGAGCACGUGUUAGGGGAAUUCACUGUAUUCAUGCCAACUAUUCGAGUUCUGAGGCUUAUACUUCUCAGUUGUCUAAUGGUAAGGUUCUUUCUGCUAGAACAAACAGGGUGAAGUUGCGGAAUCUUCUUGCUGCAGCUGAAGGUGCUGACCUUUUAAAAGCUACACAAUUGAAGGCAAGAAAAAAGCGUCUACGUUUCCAACGAAGCAAAAUUCAUGACUGGGGUCUUGUUGCAUUGGAGCCAAUUGAGGCUGAGGACUUUGUAAUUGAAUAUGUUGGUGAACUAAUUCGUCCUCGAAUAUCUGAUAUACGAGAGCGUCUUUAUGAGAAAAUGGGAAUUGGCAGCAGUUAUCUUUUUAGACUUGAUGAUGGUUAUGUGGUUGAUGCUACGAAGCAUGGCGGAAUUGCAAGAUUCAUAAACCACUCUUGUGAGCCUAACUGCUAUACCAAGGUCAUAAGCGUUGAAGGUCAGAAAAAAAUUUUCAUUUAUGCGAAACGACAUAUAGCUGCUGGGGAAGAAAUCACUUACAACUACAAAUUUCCUUUGGAGGAGAAAAAGAUACCAUGCAAUUGUGGUUCAAGAAAGUGUCGUGGAUCAUUGAAUUAGGAAGUAUUCUGAGUUUCCAUUUCUGGCCAUUCUUUAGAGUUUUGUUCCUCUCUUCGUAAAUUUGCCAUCAAUUGAUGUCAAAGGUAUGUGAUUUUAUUCCUUCUUCAAUAUGUGUAUAUAUUAUCAUUUUUAGUUGCAUCUAUUAAUUUUAGUUUUGGUCAUGCAUUUUAAUGUUCUCUACAUUUAAUGGGGUGCUACCGAUAUUUAAGGGUAUUUAAUUUUUCUUCUUAUUCCUUGAUAUAUUCAAGCCACAACUGCCCACUUUUGGCUGAAAUCACUGUGAUGCAAAAAUUUUGAACCAUUUGGAAGUUCUACAACUUCUAUUGAAGUGAGACUGACCUAUGGCCUAUUCAACCUAGUACUCGUGUAGUUUGGCAGGCUUAUCAAUGGGCAUAACUACAUAUUGAUAAUUAUUUGGUUAGUUAAACCUCCUUCUCUUUUAGUUUCUGCAUUUGUUUGGGUUGGUGGGACUUGAACAGGCAGAUUUAGCCUUGAGAAAAUGAUGUUCUGACCAUUUGUACAACCUGAAAGAAUGAGUUAAGGUAUCUCAUGUCUAUGUUAUAUAUGAAACACGCUGUCAGCAGGCAAAAGGAAGCGACUUGAGAUUUGUGUAUAAUUAACACAUGAAACAUAUGCUUCUGUGGGAGAACUGAGGAAAAACAAAACUCAAUGUACUGAAAUUACAUAAAUCAGUAUGAUUAAAUUCAGUUUUUUAUUUUAAAUAUUACUUCUCUAUUUAUGUUGGGCAGCCAAAGAUUAGCGAUUUGUCAUAUUUUUAUGAAAAUGUUAGUGAUUUUCAUAUUUUAUGAAAAUGUUAAACGUGUUCUUGCAUCAACAGUCUGAUAUAUUUAACCUAUUUCUUGUAUUCAAAAAGUUUUAAAGUGUGAUCAUGGAAGAUAAUGCAAUGUCCGUUGCAUUUGUUGUGCUUUAGAAUGCUUUUAUGUGUAAAGCUUGAGUACCUGCUAGAUUUAUCUCUUCUGAUUAGUUAUUGAUUUUGCAUGUUAGCAAAAUGUGCUUUAUGAUGAUCAAGCUAUUUUGUUUGAUUGUAGCUUGAGAUAUCCAGAGGAGUUGGGUUGUUCCUCUCAUCUUUAAAAUGUCCCUAAUAAACUGCUGCAUGAAAGUUUUCUUGGGUUUGUGACAAGAUGAAUAAGCUGCAAGCUGGCAGCAGAGUGCAUUGGCAAGGUUUAUAAUCAAUUGUAUGUUUCUAUUGACCUAACUGUUUGAAUAAAUUUGAAUAUUCUUAUCAUUUGUUGAUCAACUUAUGAUUUCUUCCCAACUUCUUUGUGUAGCAUAUUAACUAAAUAUGGGUUUCCAUAAUUUCCCUGUGUUUUGGCACUAGGCAUGAAGUUUAUAUGUUAACUUCAUUUUCAAUUUUACAAAAUAAAAAAAUAAGGAUGUGAAUAUUACAAGAAUAUGUUGUGUUUGCUUUGAUGCCAAAUAGCAUGUCUCCUGUACCUAAUUGCUUUUGGAGGAGGGAGGCUUGCAUUUGAGCCUAGGUGAUUAUUGGGUGGGUCCCUUAAGAUUGAGAUUCUUAAUGGUUAUAUUACAAAAAAAUCACAUAGAACACAGUUUGUGGAUGAUCUCUCUCACUCUCUCUCUCUCUCUCUCUCAUGCACACAUGCGCAUGCACUUGUAUUCACCUCCUGCUACCAUCAUUCUUUUAUUUGUGAUAGCAGUUCUUUUUGAAUCAAAAUGUGGGUUGGUGAUGCAGCUGGAUACUCCUGUAACUGUAGUGAAAAGUUUGGAAGCAAAAGGGCACGAGUGGAUAUGGAUUUUUGGGGCAGAGAUGUAGAUGGUAGGUUUCCGAAUAAAAAGGGGGAAAAUGCAAGUGCUCAAGUUUUCUUCUACUUCUGCUGAAAAUGAUGGAAGAUCUAUACAAAGUGGUUCUGUGAACUAAUUGAAUGGGAAUAUUUUGUUGGUGCAUCAAUUGGACAUUUUGUUAUUAUGCCUCCAAGAUAUCUCAUGCCCUUUUCCAUUCGUCACUCGUGGGUUCUAAGGCGGCAAAUGGGAGAAAUCGAUUGUGAGCUAUUUGGAGUUCAGCUUAACAAGGGCUUUGUUUGAGAUUUCCUAAUUAGCCUUAAUAAGUGGAGUGAGAUCCAUAUUUACUUACAGAACUCUUUCGAUAAACAAGCAGUGCUUAGAGCUGGGUGAAUACUCAAUUCAUUUGAACUUGUGAGUGGGGGGCAUUCAUAGACUCAUCAAUAAUUUAAUUUUUGAAUCUAAGAAAGUCCAUAGAAAUUGUGAUUCUUUUCAGUUCCAAAUACUCAUAGAUUGUUCCUAAAAGUUGCUCUAUAUAUACAAUAUAUUAGUAUUAGAAACAAAGAUUUUUUUU